AUGUCUGUGUACCUCCUGAAGGAUGGAGACAAACCUUCAAUUAUGCUGGAAGGCAUCCCUGCCUUUCCAGUGCAUGCAAAUGGUGAUCAAGGGAGUGGAGUGAACUGGAGGCGAGCAGAGGGCAGGGCAGUGGAGGCGAGCAGAGGGCAGGGCAGUGGAGGCGAGCAGAGGGCAGGGCAGUGGAGGCGAGCAGAGGGCAGGGCAGUGGAGGCGAGCAGAGGGCAGGGCAGUGGAGGCGAGCAGAGGGCAGGGCAGUGGAGGCGAGCAGAGGGCAGGGCAGUGGAGGCGAGCAGAGGGCAGGGCAGUGGAGGCGAGCAGAGGGCAGGGCAGUGGAGGCGAGCAGAGGGCAGGGCAGUGGAGGCGAGCAGAGGGCAGGGCAGUGGAGGCGAGCAGAGGGCAGGGCAGUGGAGGCGAGCAGAGGGCAGGGCAGUGGAGGCGAGCAGAGGGCAGGGCAGUGGAGGCGAGCAGAGGGCAGGGCAGUGGAGGCGAGCAGAGGGCAGGGCAGUGGAGGCGAGCAGAGGGCAGGGCAGUGGAGGCGAGCAGAGGGCAGGGCAGUGGAGGCGAGCAGAGGGCAGGGCAGUGGAGGCGAGCAGAGGGCAGGGCAGUGGAGGCGAGCAGAGGGCAGGGCAGUGGAGGCGAGCAGAGGGCAGGGCAGUGGAGGCGAGAAGAGGGCAGGGCAGUGGAGGCGAGAAGAGGGCAGGGCAGUGGAGGCGAGCAGAGGGCAGGGCAGUGGAGGCGAGCAGAGGGCAGGGCAGUGGAGGCGAGCAGAGGGCAGGGCAGUGGAGGCGAGCAGAGGGCAGGGCAGUGGAGGCGAGCAGAGGGCAGGGCAGUGGAGGCGAGCAGAGGGCAGGGCAGUGGAGGCGAGCAGAGGGCAGGGCAGUGGAGGCGAGAAGAGGGCAGGGCAGUGGAGGCGAGAAGAGGGCAGGGCAGUGGAGGCGAGAAGAGGGCAGGGCAGUGGAGGCGAGAAGAGGGCAGGGCAGUGGAGGCGAGCAGAGGGCAGGGCAGUGGAGGCGAGCAGAGGGCAGGGCAGUGGAGGCGAGCAGAGGGCAGGGCAGUGGAGGCGAGCAGAGGGCAGGGCAGUGGAGGCGAGCAGAGGGCAGGGCAGUGGAGGCGAGCAGAGGGCAGGGCAGUGGAGGCGAGCAGAGGGCAGGGCAGUGGAGGCGAGCAGAGGGCAGGGCAGUGGAGGCGAGCAGAGGGCAGGGCAGUGGAGGCGAGCAGAGGGCAGGGCAGUGGAGGCGAGCAGAGGGCAGGGCAGUGGAGGCGAGCAGAGGGCAGGGCAGUGGAGGCGAGCAGAGGGCAGGGCAGUGGAGGCGAGCAGAGGGCAGGGCAGUGGAGGCGAGCAGAGGGCAGGGCAGUGGAGGCGAGCAGAGGGCAGGGCAGUGGAGGCGAGCAGAGGGCAGGGCAGUGGAGGCGAGCAGAGGGCAGGGCAGUGGAGGCGAGCAGAGGGCAGGGCAGUGGAGGCGAGCAGAGGGCAGGGCAGUGGAGGCGAGCAGGGGGCAGGGCAGUGGAGGCGAGCAGGGGGCAGGGCAGUGGAGGCGAGCAGAGGGCAGGGCAGUGGAGGCGAGCAGAGGGCAGGGCAGUGGAGGCGAGAAGAGGGCAGGGCAGUGGAGGCGAGAAGAGGGCAGGGCAGUGGAGGCGAGAAGAGGGCAGGGCAGUGGAGGCGAGAAGAGGGCAGGGCAGUGGAGGCGAGAAGAUGGCAGGGCAGUGGAGGCGAGAAGAGGGCAGGGCAGUGGAGGCGAGAAGAGGGCAGGGCAGUGGAGGCGAGAAGAGGGCAGGGCAGUGGAGGCGAGAAGAGGGCAGGGCAGUGGAGGCGAGAAGAGGGCAGGGCAGUGGAGGCGAGAAGAGGGCAGGGCAGUGGAGGCGAGAAGAGGGCAGGGCAGUGGAGGCGAGAAGAGGGCAGGGCAGUGGAGGCGAGAAGAGGGCAGGGCAGUGGAGGCGAGAAGAGGGCAGGGCAGUGGAGGCGAGAAGAGGGCAGGGCAGUGGAGGCGAGAAGAGGGCAGGGCAGUGGAGGCGAGAAGAGGGCAGGGCAGUGGAGGCGAGAAGAGGGCAGGGCAGUGGAGGCGAGAAGAGGGCAGGGCAGUGGAGGCGAGAAGAGGGCAGGGCAGUGGAGGCGAGAAGAGGGCAGGGCAGUGGAGGCGAGAAGAGGGCAGGGCAGUGGAGGCGAGAAGAGGGCAGGGCAGUGGAGGCGAGAAGAGGGCAGGGCAGUGGAGGCGAGAAGAGGGCAGGGCAGUGGAGGCGAGAAGAGGGCAGGGCAGUGGAGGCGAGAAGAGGGCAGGGCAGUGGAGGCGAGAAGAGGGCAGGGACGAGGGGAGUCAAUGA